AUGAAGGUGCGAACAGGCCCGAGUUUAGACUUUUUCCAAGUCAUUGCCCGCUGCGCGGGGGCGGCUGCCCCGGGCCGCGCGGGCUCGGCCCCGUCACGGGGGGACGGGGGAGGGUUAGGCCUGCGGUUGUUGCGCCCCUGGGGGCCCCCUGGCAAGGCUCGUUACUGGAGCCCGCCGCAGCCCUUCUGGGAAGCCUGUUUGUCGCUGCCAGGGUGGGACUUUUACGUGGGUCAGUCUGCUGCGUGGUCUGAGCCCUUUUCCACGCUUCCCGAGUUGGCUGUUCCCCAUAGCUGGGACUGCACUGAGGGUGAUGGACCAGUAAAAAUUACUGGAAAAAUCGAAUGCUUGGAUGAUGGAGAUCAUGGCUUCCAUGUCCAUGAGUUUGGGGACAACACAAAUGGGUGUACCAGUGCAGGUGCCCACUUCAAUCCUGAAGGCAAGCAGCAUGGUGGACCAACUGAUGCAGAAAGGCAUGUGGGAGACCUUGGCAAUGUGACUGCUAAAGGAGGAGUGGCAGAAGUGGAAAUGGAAGAUCCACUCAUUUCUCUUAGUGGACCAUAUAGCAUCAUUGGACGUACCAUGGUGGUCCAUGCAAAACCUGAUGACCUGGGUAAAGGGGGAGAUAAUGAGAGCAAAUUAACUGGAAAUGCUGGACCUCGUUUAGCUUGUGGUGUAAUUGGAAUAGCAAAGAGCUAAGUAUUGCACCUGAAGUGCUUAAGAUGGCAGUGAGAAAUGGGCUGUAUUUCAUUGCAAAUGCUGUACCUGGCCUUGUUCAAGAAAGAUUUAUCACUUAAUUUCAUUACUACUUUGCAUUCUAAGUAUCAGUGAAACUGGUGAAGACUGACUUAAUUUUGUACAAUGUAUAUUGCAAUUAAAGUGACCCUGAUAGAAUGUCUCUGUAGUCUUCUGCUAAAGCUUCUGCUGUAAUCAUCAAGUAUUAUCUUCACUAACUAGAACUCUUGUUCUGUGUAAUGGAAGAUGUUUAAUAGUGACCACAAAUGCUGAAUGCUUAAAUUUCAGUGUAUUGUAAUUUAAUCACCUUAUGAGCUCUAGCAAGACUACUCACCAAAGAGCAGUAGACACUGUAUGCCUCAGGGCUUCCUCCUGGCAGAGUUACAGCAUUGUAGGUUUCAACCUUACCUAAUAAAUGUGCUGGGCAAAUA